AUGUUAAGAAAUAAGGGUCAUUCCUCUAAACAGGAUAACUUAGCAGUCACUGCAGUGGCUUUACAAGAUCACAUUGUACAUGAUCUUCAACUUCAGAAUCUUUCAAUAGCAGAUUAUUCUAAGACAAAGGUACAAAAGACAGAGAACAGAUCCAAAUCUCUAAAAAGAAAUGCAAAGGCAAUAAUAGAUACUGGGCUUAAGAAGACCGCACAAGGAGGCCCUAAAGUGGAAGAUCCAGAAAAAGAAUACGUUCUUGAUCCAAAACCACCACCAUUAACUUUAGCACAGAAGUUGGGCCUCUUUGACCCUCCCCCAUUGCCACUGUCUGCGGAUGAGUGGGACAGAGUGAAGCAGAGGUCCGUUGAGCAGGGGGACUCCAUGCAGCCGUGCCCGAUAUGCAAAGAGGAGUUUGGACUUCACCCGCAGGUGCUGCUCUCCUGCUCACACGUGUUCCACAGGGCUUGCCUUCAGGCUUUUGAAAAGUUCACAAAUAAAAAAACCUGUCCUCUCUGUAGAAAGAAUCAGUACCAAACCCGGGUGAUCCGCGAUGGGGCCCGACUCUUCAAAAUCAAGUGCGCGACCAGGAUCCAGGCGUCCUGGCGCGGACACGUGGUCAGGAGGUGGUACCGGGACCUGAGGCGGACAGUGCCGCCCGCAGAUGCCAAGCUCAGGAGGAAGUUCUUUGAAGCCAAGUUCACAGAGAUCAGCCAGCGCCUGCUCUGCUCCUUCUGCACGGACAUCGACGCUCUCUUCUCUGAGGUGGACCACUGCCUGGCCGUCAACCGCAGCGUCCUGCAGCAGCUGGAGGAGCGCUGUGGCCGCGAGCUCUCCGAAGAGGAGUGGGGCGAGAUCCAGACCCAGGCCCUGUGCCGGGAGGCCCCCGACUGCCCCAUCUGCCUCGCCGCGCUGGCGCCACGGGAGAGGGUCCUGCUGUCCUGCUCACACGUGUUCCACCAUGCAUGCCUCCAAGCCCUGGAGGAGCUCUCCCUGGGGGACAGCGCACCUUUCCACACGUGUCCGCUCUGCCGCUGCUGCUAUCAGAAGAGGAUUCUUGAAUGUUGA